AUGGCGCAGCCAGACUUUGGUGUCGUUCCCCAGAAUCCCUCGUACAAAACGACCUCCUCCGAGGAGAGCUCGGUAGAUUCAGAGGGCCUAACUAGCGCCGACGAUGCCUUUAUCAUAUACGAUAGCACCGAGGAAGGGUCCGAGGAGUUUGUUCCUCUACAGGAACUUUCUGUGCACUUUGACCGUUGCGCCAAUCUGCCGGCAGUGAACCAAGGUGUCCAGCUGCUCCAGGCCAUCGCUGCGUUGCAACCUUCGGCCACUACAUUGCAACAGUCGGCUCACCAGCGCUUCAAUCAAGUGGACCAGCGCUUCGAUCAGCGCUUCGAUCAAAUGGACCAGCGGUUCAAUCACGUUGACCAGCGGCUCAAUCGUAUUGAUAUCGCUAUCAGAACGCUAUAUUCACCGUACAACAUCGUCGGUCGACAUACAUGCUAG